UGGGGCAUCCUGUCAAGUUAGCAGUAGGUGGUCAGGAGCUGGAAGGAGAAGCCGAAACCUUUUGGCUCCUUAGACAGGCGCCUCUCGCUCUUAUUUUGUCCGUCCGUGGGGGAGGGCGAACAGUUCGUGUGCAAGGGGGUGUCUCCUCACUGAUACACUUUGAACUUACAUCUGUUUACAAGUAGUUUUUAUUACCUGAGACCAUUAACUGGGUAACUCAUAAGUCUUACAAGAAAAUGCCUUGGAAAUCACAGUUUGUUAAUGUUUACUCUCCCAAACUAACACAUGGCACAAGGUGUCCCAGGAUCUGGCUUGACUCGGGAGGGAAAUAACCACUCCCCCCUUCUCCUCCGUGUGUGGGUCCUUUGUAAAAUGUUAUUUGGUAAACAGUCGCUUGUCCCAGUUGCACUUCUUUCUGUAACAGUGACUGUGUUGUAUUCCUCUUCCAUUUCAUCCUUUGAUUUUCUUGUCCAAAACGUUUUAAGAUUAUAUCAAAACAGAAUGAGAUCACUCUUGUCUUUUCUUUAGUGAAUUAUAGAAUAGCAGAUUUUAGGUUUACAUGUAACAGUGGGACUUUGUGAUUUUUACUUUUGCAACUGAGGGAGAUGGUACUGCUCAAUGGUUGGAGCAGGAGUCCAAUAGCAAGGAGACUUGGAUUCUAUUCUCCUUUUUGCUUCUGGCUUCCUGUAUGUCUGCAGGGAAACAAUUUGUUUUCCCCAUCUGUAAAAAUUGGGAUAAUUUACACUCCUUUGUAAAGUGCUUCGGCCUCUUAACAUUAUUUGUUGCUCUCUACAGUUAGAUUUUUUUUUCUCCCCAGGGAUCUAAAAUGUUUCGUAAGUGUCCAUUAAAGAUGUGGCUCUUUAUAAAUAGAUUAAUAUUUGGGUUUUAGUUCUUAUCUUCAAAUAUAGUAACUUCUGAUAUAUUUUAAUUGCCCUCUGGGAUUGCUUUAUAUGCUUUUUUUAUUUUGUUAAUUUCAAAUAAAACCUCCCCUGGCAACCUAUAAAGUUAUAAUAAUUAGUCCACAUAGUACAUUUAUGACCGAUUUAAUCCUAUAAAACAUAUUACAUAAUCUAAUAUCAUCUGAAUAUUUUUCUGGCAUUAUCUAACUGAUUAUAUCAGUUUUCUUUAUCCCUUAGAUUUGCCAGGGUUUAAAAAAAGAAGUGUGUUCAUAGGCUUCAUUCCAAGUUCUGUUUGAGUCUGUUAUCUGUUUAAUGGACGGGAGAGAGCGUAAAACAGAACAAAGCUAUCUUUGUCUUUUACAUGCUUGGCGUUCACAAUAAUUUUUUAUACUAACAAAGUACCUUGCAUUUGUAUAGCACAUUUCCGAUCAAUGGAUUCCAAAUCACUUUUUAAACAUAGGCCUCAAUCCUGCAUUCUAAUCCUCUAGCACAGGUCUUUGAAGCGUCCCAGUGAAUUAAAUGUGUCUCUGAAUUGCUGCAUGGGUUCCUGGUAGUAGAUUAAUGUGCAAGAUGGUGUUUUAAAUUGAUGUUUAGCCUAUAUAUAUAUGUAGGGACCACUUCAUCUAACACUGAAAGGGAUAUACAGCACAGAAACAUAAAAACCACAAAAGGAGAAUAGAACAUGCAUGACUGAUUAUCUAAAGAGUGAGUUGAAACAUAACCUGUCAAGAGAUGGGGGAAGGGAAUAAAGAGGCAACUAGGUAAAUGUAUGUUUAAUAAUUAACAGUUUUACUUCAGCAGGAAUGAACAUGCUGUGAAUGUCAGGAAAUAAACGUACUGUUUUUCAUGGGGCUGUCAGCAAACAUCAGCUCUUGCAGAAAAAGUAACCUGUUAUUAUGUUAGGUACACUUAAAGUUCAGAGAACUCUCACAUUGUAGGUUUCAAAUUUGUAUUUUGUUUUAUGUCUGUGGGUCUUCUUCUAAACCUAGUGUCGAGAGAGAGAUUUUCUUGAAACUUUUAUAAUAUUAAUGAAAAGUGAUCAUUUUAAAAUUUGGAUUGCCAUGUUUGCAACAAAAACAUUGUGAUAUUGUGGUAGUACAUCAGAAGAAAGUGAACCUGAAAUGUUAAUUGUCCAAGCAGAGGGAAAUUUAGAACCUGAAUAAAACAGAAUCUGUCAUGAGAAGCAAACUAGACUUGAAAAAUUCUUUAAAUUUUAGUAAUCUCUUUAGUAAUGUAACACUGUGACACAUUAGUAAAAGGAGCAAAGAAACUUAUUUUUCUUUUCAGGUUUUUUAACCUGACAGUGUUCCUUUAAAUCUCAUAUUUAAGAUAUACAGCAAAGAGAAAUAAUAAUUAAAAAUGUUAAUAUGUAGUCAGUGACCUAGAGCCCAAUUGGAAAGCAGUUAUUCUUAAUAUUUAUGAAAUAACUAACAUUAUAAAGCAAACAUUUCUAAACAUUUUAUAUACCCUACAAAUAUGAUUUAUAACUUAGGUGAUAUUAUCUUCUGAUGCUUUCUAUUCUGCACUCUGAAUUAUUGGCCAUCUGUGCUCUUUGUCAUUGAGAUUUUUAGAUGCUUUAAUUUAAAAUGUCAUGAUCUCUUUUUUCCUGUGAAGUUCCUCAUAGUUUUCAGAAGCAAAUCGCUAUAUCUCCGGAAAAUCUCUCAUUUCUCUUAGAUCCAUACACUUGGUCUCUUUCACUGUCUGAUGCUCCAGCCCUGCAUUUCCUGGUGCAUCAUUCCCCCACUUCUCUACUCCACUCUGUGUCUUUAGAAUAUAUUUCCUAAAUAUUUUGUGGGUAUCUUCUCCUCAGUUGCUUCUUGCAGGCGCACAGAUGAGCACAUAAACCUCACCAGUCUCCCACGCUAUUAUUUCCUCCUCAGUCUCUUAGACCAUCUGUUGCUCUCAACUGCCAUGGAACCUUCAGGCCCCAGAGUGCCAUCUGCUUCUUAAAGCCUCCUUUCUCCUCACAUAUUCAUCUGCUCUUUCAACCAGACUGGCUCCAGCAAAGCCUGGAUAACCGAAAGGAAGGCAUGUUAUAUCCCUUCCCAUAUAUCUUUCUCCCCCCCCCCCGCCCUUUUUGUUUAUUUAAGGACAUCUGCAUGAAAACAAGUUUCUUUUUUCUUAACAGUUCAUCUGUUCCUGCUGUUUGUUCCCCAUGUCAAGUAAUAAUACACUGUGAUAUCAGUCAUUUCCACAGCAACCAGUUGCGAUAUCACAGAGGAUGAUGACUUCAAAUUGGGGAAUAAACAGCGGGAACAGAUGGGCACUUAAGAAACAAAUACUUUGUUUUCAUGGAAAUGUCUUGAUAACAAAGAACAAGGGAAGAAAAGUGGAAUAUCUUUGAAAACUUGCCAUGAGGUCACAACUAACUCUUGCACCUUCUUCCUUCCUUCAAUUUCUUCAAUGGUCCUGGCAUUUGUGAAGUGGGACUUGAAGAGCUGGUCAAAAGGGCAAAGGUUUAGCAAACCUAGAUUAGUACCUUUGUACACCCAAUUAUUUCUCCCCACUUUUAAUGAACACUUUUGUGUUUAAUUUAACCUGAAAGCAACAGUGACUUCUGAGGUGCUUAUGGUGUUUCCUUCAUCUGAGCCCUGAAUCAAAUACAAAAAGGGUCUGGCCUGUUUUAUUUGAUUUUUCUUAAGUGUACUUCUCUGCCUAGCAUUUCUUUUAACAAGCUCAGGUGGUUGACUGAAGGUGGUAUCAUCUUGGAAUUUACUCUCAAACUUAUGAAUCUGUUCUAGUUAGAACAUAAGAGAUCCAGUUAUUAUGGAUUGAGCAAAUGUGCUUCUUACUCUAUGGGUAUCAAAUCCUGUCUCAGUUUAAUUUCAAAUGUAUAAAUAAUAAUGUUUGUACAAUACCAUAGGAGUCUGCAUGGUGCUUUACAGACAAAUAUAAGAUUGUCCCUCCCUGCUCCAAAGAGUUUAUUACAAACUAGGUUAAAUAAGACAUGUUGUGCCUCAGUGAGAGAUUACAACAGACAAGUGGGUAGGAAUGAGACAGUCUUGCACAGUACAUGCUAGUUAUUGUCUUAGCUUAUUAAUUAUGUUUGUAAUAUUUUUAUGUUUUUAAUUGAUGAAUUCCUAAUGGGGGAUUAGAUUAGAUCUGAAAGAGGGUACUGAAGAGAGACUUGGAGGAGGUGCAGUUACAGGGUCAGGAAGGUCUUUCUUUCCAGGAGUACGGGUCAGUAUUGGAGAAAGUACAAAGGCUUUUGUGGGAGAAAAGCUGAACAGGGUCACCUGACGGCUCAAGUGCGGAGAAGGAAGAUACUGGCAGAAACAGAACUAAUUACACCUUUUUGUUUAUCUGGUUUCUCUCUUGCAUUAUGACCAAAUCUGCUUUAAAAAGAACAUUAAAUCCAGGUCUGAAAAUUCAUGCUAUGGAUCCCCAAAUCUGUAGGAGUAAAUCCUUCCUCCAUCUCUCCUCCUACUAAAAUAUUAAACCAAUAUUUAAAGCAGAAUACCACAUGAACGAAUCCUGGUACUUUAAACAUUAACUUCUUGCUUCAGUUUUGGAUUUUUUUGUUAUUGGGGUUCAUGUAAACAUUCAUUAUCUGAGCAAGAUAAGCUAAUGCUGCUAAAGGUUCUGGCAGAAAGGAUGCAUGAGAACAGUGAAAAUUGUUUUUUAAUGUGUAAUUCGGGAAUUGGUAGCAUUUCCACCUGUCCUGUACUAAAGCAUUUUUUAAAUUUUUUUUUAACAAUGGCAAACUGCCUUGCUGAUGAGGGUAAAUGAAGCCAUGCUGUGAAAUGCUAGGAGUCAGCAGUGCUGAGAGGCAGUGUGCAUUAAGGCACAGUAGUUGUGAACACUGAGCUGUCCUUCUGGGACCCCAGGCAAAAUGAUGUAACUGAGUGAAAAAGCUCUGUAGAAAUAAAUCUCUUCUCCUUCCCCAUUUGUUCUGUUGUGGUGUCAUUGAUGCAAUACUUUAAUUGGACUCAGGCUUGACACUUUUUUAGUCCUGGAGCGGAGUUGCAUUGUAUGAAAAGAACUCUGCGAUAAAAGCUGGAGAAACUGAAGUUUUGUUUUACAGCUCCACAUGUGUGCUUCAGCAUUACUCAGGAAGCUGAACUUGUGGGGUAAGUUAUGCAGUCAGUAGUUUAUGAAAGGUUCUAGUUGCCCUUUCCAAAUAAUUAAUUUCUGUGGACUUGUGAAAGUUUUAGACAGUCAUCUGUUUCUCUCUCUCAUAUGGGUAUCUAUGAUUGAUAGACUUUCAGCAUCUUGGUAUCUGAGCUUCUUGUUUUUCUCAUGUAAAGUGCAAUGGACUAAGAUUUAAAUUGUUCUUUCUUGGUUAAUUGUGACUGACUCAGCAGGUAUAGAUUUGUUCUUGAUUUCUGGAUUAAAAAUCAGAGUAGACUUUUGGUAUUUGUAUUGGACAGCAGAAGUAUAUCUCUAUUUCCUGGGAUGUACAUGUUUUGUGCUCAUGCUGUCUCCAUUCUGUAAAGUGCUUUGGGAUUCGCAUGUCAGAGAAAUCCCAUACUAAGGUUUAUGGUAGUUAUGUUUUAGCAGAAAGAAAUAAAAAGAGAGAGAAUCCUGUUGAGUAGACAUACAUGAUAUGUGCUGCACAGGUAACAUGAGCAUGUGAGCUGUACAAACAACUGGGAUGUUCAGUCCUCAGUGUACUGGGUGCUUCUGCAACAUAAUUGCUAGAAAUGUUCACGGCUCACUUCCACCCAGGGCCAUGACAGCAGUGAGAGGGAAGGGUGGAUAAGAAACAAGGAUGUUUUAAAAGAAAUAUAUCAGAAUUUUUCAAUUUAAAUUAAAUAUAUAUUUUUAAAAAAUACAUGUAAUUAGGUAAAUUUGAAAUUGAUAAUCUAUGUUAAGGCCUAAACUACUUGUUAUAUUUUUAAAUUAAAUACAAAAAAUAUUAAGCAGUGUAUGUUUGCUGCUGAGUUUCAAAGAAAGUCAGACUCACUGAACGGUUGUAAGUAUCUGGAACCAAAAUUUGUUGAAGUGCUAAACCAGAUUUUGAGAGCAGAUAGCCUCUCCUGCAGGUGCAAGAGAGUAACUUUUUAAAUGUUAGUUUAUUCAGCUAGUUCAGUUCAAUAGCUAGUUCAGUCAAAGUUAAGAAGGAAAAAGCAGGAAAACUUGUCUUCCUCUCCCAAUCUAGGAAUAAAAAUCAGGUAUAAGAAGAUGAGAUCUACUGGUUCUAAAAUCUUGAAUGACAUGGUGACCAGAAACACUCAUUUCCAUUCACUAACUACAGAUAAUGCGUCCUUUACAUCAGCUAGUUUAAAAUGCAAAACAUUAUUGAUAAACUUUUUUUUCUUACGUAUCCGGUACAUUUAAGAUAGUUCUAUUUAAAAACAAAAUUUAAAAUGCUGUUUUUGUUUGUGCAUUUUAAGUGAAUUCCAAUCAACCUCCAAAAGGAGCUUGACACAAAUCACAAGUUAAAAAAAAAAGUAUCUAGUAAAUAAGAAAACCCCCAUUUACCAUUUUCUAACAUAAUAAAAAGGUAAAAAUUAAGAAUCUCCAUACAUGUAAAUUAAGCUGUAUAAUUGCUUAAAUAAGUGUGUGUAGAUAUAUUGUAUCCCAUGGUUAGCAAAAAGAAGUACCAAAUUUAGUACACAGGUUGCAUUCAGUUGCAAGUCAACAUUGUUUUAAUUUUUACAACCAAUGAGAAUCAACCUGUCUUGAGAAAAAUAACUAAAAAAUACCAAUGUGAAACACAUCUAAAAUUGAUGAUUUAAAUCAAUCCACCCUGGUGCAAGGAUCACUUCCAUCCACCUUCUUUCCCCGGGCUCCUGGUAACCUGAACUAAUGGAUGUAAACAAAAUGUGUGUGUGUGUGUGUGUACGUACACACCUCACUGAAUUCUAGAAGAAAGGUCUCCUGGCAUGGUCCUUUGUUAAACUCCUUUUCAGGCUGUGCUCAAACAUUUGUGUCCUGUACUGAAUUGUGGGAAGAGCACAUAUAUGACUAAAUGUACAUGUAUCAACAAUACACUCUGCAAAGAGUAACUGCUGUUUGGUAACAUUUACAAGAUGAUGGAGAUGGGAAACCGGUCUUAAUUUUCAGCCUUGGGGUUUAAUGUGCUAGUCAGUCAGUGCACCGAAAAUUUAAAAAUGUAGGUGAUGUCAGCAGCUAGGCCAUAUGACCGAUAUUCAAGACAGCUUAACUUCUAAAAAAGACUCCUCUUGGCUACCAUAAAAUUGAGAUGUUGGAAUCUGGGAUCCAAAUGGUCCUUGGGCAAGAUUCCAGUUGGAAGAUUUUACUGACCUUGGAUCUGAUUAAUUCCUGAGGAUGGCAAGUAAAGGGCCUACGGCGUCUACAUCCACUGAAAACUCCAGUACUGGAGGGACCAGUGGCAGCAGCAGUAGUAAUGGUGCUGGGGACAAUACUAAUCAGGACAGCACUUUUGAAUGCAACAUCUGUUUAGACACUGCCAAGGAUGCGGUUAUCAGCCUGUGUGGGCACCUCUUCUGUUGGCCUUGUUUACACCAGUGGUUAGAGACCAGGCCAAACAGGCAGGUGUGUCCAGUAUGUAAAGCAGGAAUCAGUCGAGAUAAAGUUAUUCCUCUGUAUGGAAGGGGUAGUACUGGGCAGCAGGACCCCAGAGAAAAAACUCCACCACGACCACAGGGACAGAGACCUGAACCAGAGAACAGAGGGGGAUUCCAGGGCUUUGGGUUUGGAGAUGGUGGCUUCCAAAUGUCAUUUGGAAUUGGGGCAUUUCCCUUCGGUAUAUUUGCCACAGCAUUCAACAUAAAUGAUGGGCGGCCUCCACCAGCUGUUCCAGGGACUCCCCAGUAUGUGGAUGAGCAGUUCCUAUCUCGUCUCUUCCUGUUUGUGGCUCUGGUGAUCAUGUUCUGGCUGUUGAUUGCAUAACUGCUCUAUACCCUGUAUAUUCUUGGUCAUCAGGGUCUCUGAACUAGUUAAAAACUGCUCCCCCAUCCCACUUUAAACUUUUUGGUGUCUGGUUCCAUAGCUAAUCACAGGUUCCAGGAAUCAGUGGUGCCACAGCGUAUUGAGGAAUUUCGCAUGUUGCAUCAGAACCUUGGAAUUAAAUAACAGUUAAAAAGCAUGUCUUACCUCAGCCAUGUCUCAUACCGCUGGUAUCCAGAUACAACCAUGGACCUAGCUUUGAGCUUCACUCUCAAAAGGGAGCGUUGCUUUGAAAUCCUGUGCCAAUCAGCUAGGCCAGGUUUAUGUGGAAGACACUGGUACUGAAGGAGUGUGGGCGGGUGAGGAAAGGAACCUACUGCAUUGUUCAUCAGUAUCACGUGUGUAACAUCCAUGAUGGGAACGAAAUGCAUCAGUUGAAGUUCCAGAACAUUCUUUAAUCUUUUUAUAUCAAAGUCCAGUUCUUGCCAGGAAAUACCUUGCAGCACUAAUAAGACUUCUUUGGGAGGGCAUCUGCCUGAAAAUGGAAUCAGCUUUGGAGACCAGUGUUCUAUACCUGCUGUUACUCACCAGAGUUGUGAAAAGUCCAUGGCACUUGAAUGGCUGUAACAGGAGGGGUUAAGAAACUUCAGCCUAAAAUUGUAAAAUAAUCUGACUUUUCUGGAGCUAGACUCUUGAAAAUUCUCUCAUCAUGGGAUUGGGUAGGGUUGUUGGACAGUAGAGUACCUGUCUGGCCACAUGCAGUGCCGUUCCUCAGUGACAAAGCAGUGUUUGUUUUUCUUGGGUUUGUGCAGCUGUCUUUGGCUUUCCUCAUGGAUAGUACCUUCAUAACUCUAUUGCUGUAGCUGCACUCACUCCUUCUUCCAAAGUUGUGAGACUUCCAGGACUAUUGUGUACUCUGAAUAAAAUAAUUUUACAGAUCUGAGAUCAUCUUGUUUCGGGGGAGAGGCCACAAUGGGGAUUUAUUAAGUGAGUUGUGAGGUUAACUUUUCAAACACAUUUAUUUUGGCAAACAAUGAAAUCUAAACUUGCCUAGCAGGUGCCACUGUAGGGAAUAGUGUAAGACCAUUGCCUGUAUGGUAGUGCACAGCUGCUUCCAGCCUAUAAGGAAUAGCUGUAGUGCACGAGCUGCUGCAGGUUUACCAAAGAUAAUAAUUUGAAGGACAGGAGGUUACAAAUAUUUUUGUGCCUGGAGGAGGAUGUUGCAGAAGGUGUGCCCACAACUCUGAAAGCUUUUAUGGAAUUCUGUUAGGUAUAAAGCUUUAAAAAGUGUUUCUGAUUGAUUCUCUGGAUCCACAGUACCUGAAAUAUGAGGGAUUUUUUACCUCUGUUUGACUUUCUUCUAAUUUUAACUGGACACUUUCAAAAGGAUUCUCUUCUGUCUUUAUUUUGAGAUACUGUUUCUUUGACUCAGAUCACUAAUAGUCAGAGACUAACCUGUAGAGAGGCUUUUUGUGACUUCCUGGACAAUAAAUCAUGAUAUUUGACAAAACAAAUCAAUAUAUAGAAACUCACUGACUUGCUUCAGGAGCUAGGCUUUUUCUCAUGUACAAGGAUGAAGUACCUAGACAGGACAACCAUGAGCAGUAGCAAUGAAACUUGCUUGCCUAAACACAAACUGUUCAUCCACCUGUAGCAUGAUGGUGUGGGAGAAGCAGGUAGGAGUUUUGUUUGCCUACCCCAAAAGUCUCCUAAGCAAGCAGGAUUUUGCAAAGCUGGCUUCUGCAAUAGUUUACCUCAUCCAUCAUAUACCAAGAUGCAAGAUCUGGUUGAGUAUAGGUAAUUCAAGUGCUGCUUGAACAGUAUAGGCACUUUGGGAGCUUCAUCCCUUCUAAUUGGCUUCUGUAGUGCAUAUUUUGGAAAUUAAGUGCAUUUUUAUCAUCAGCUGGCCAUAUUAUGAAGCUUUUUCAGUGCCUUGAUGUUUUAUUGAGAGGCAGCUCCACCUGCUGGUGAAAAGGGAACGUUCAUCUGCUAAUGUAAAAGGGAUUUUAUUUCCUUCCCUUCUACCAUUAUUCUGAGAAUCUGCUAUGCUAGGAAAGAGAGCGUGUUCUUCCGGAAGUAAUCUGGUAUGAAGAUUAUUUCUUCAAAGCUUUUAUCCUUUGGAGAUGACAGUGAGAAAUUCAGCUGUAACAUGAACAAAAGAGGUAUUAAACCAGACUUAAUAAAAAAAAUUUUGUUUUUAAAAUAUAAAAUUUUAAGCUUAUUUUGCCAGUUGCUCUUGAGAAGCUGAAGGGGUGAAGACUGAAGUGGCUGCAAUGACAGAAUUUAGAGUAAUUAGUUUCCUGGCAAUCCAAGAAUGAGAUAGUUUAAGUGUUAAUGCUUCUGAUUUUCUUAGUGUGCAUUUUGUAUUGUAUCAUUUUCCCCUCCCUUGUAUUCAGACUGCACAUGGCCUGCAGUUAGAGAAAGAUGGCACAUACAGUGCAACCCUUUACUGUUCACUAAUUUUCACUGUUGUGAAAGUGAUUUAGAAUAAAAAAUGGUUUUACAUUGA